ACGGGCGCCGUCGCCUCGGUUGUAGGCGCGGAACGGAGCGGCCGCGCAGCCCCUGCGCCGUGCGGAGCCCCCGGGCCGCGGGUGGGAGCGUCGCGCAGCUCCGCUGCUGCUCGUCGGCUCCGUGCGGGCAGAGCUGCGGCACGGCCACGCUCCGGCACCGCGCUGCUCAGUGCACGGGGUCUGCUUCCCCGCACUAUUCACAACGGCCGCCUCCUGUAGCAGCCCCCACGGCCGCCGUGGGUCGGCUGGGCGCCGAUGCGCGUCCGUGUGCCACUGCGCACAGCCCAGCCCGCUGUCGGGACGGCCCGGCCUCCCUUUGCCAUUGGUCCCGGGCGCUGCGGCACGGGUGAAGCUCCACGCCCACGGGCAUAAGAAGGCGGUCAGCCGCUGGGAUGCAGCCGCAGCGUUGAGCAUCGCCAAGGGAGGACUGUGCUGUGACCAUGUCUGAGCUGGAGAAGGCCAUGAUUGCCAUCAUUGAUGCUUUCCACCAGUACUCCGGGAAGGAAGGAGACAAGCAUAAGCUGAAGAAAUCGGAGCUGAAGGAGCUCAUUAACAAUGAAUUAACUCAUUUCCUUGGUGAGAUCAAAGACCAGGAGACCGUGGACAAAGUCAUGGAGGCACUGGACAGUGAUGGGGAUGCAGAGUGUGACUUCCAGGAGUUCGUGGCCUUCAUUGCCAUGGUUACCUCUGCUUGCCAUGAGUUCUUUGAGCACGAGUGAGCUGGUGAGAAGCAGCUGAGCAGCUCCCACUCACACUGGAGAGAUGCAGAGCGGUACCACUCCUCUUGGGAGAAGACUGGAUGCACCUGGGGGCUCCAUGAAGUUAAGCUUGCGCUACUUAAGCAGCUUAUUAAACUCUGCAGCUUUGUGAGCAGAAAUGCCCAUGCAUCUUGGGAAAGCCUCUUAGACAGCGCCCACCUGGGAUGGCAUGUGUUCGAAUGCCACAUCUCAGGCUCACUCCCUGCUGCUGUGUGCAAGGGACAGGCAGCGGGCUGGAAGCAGGUGGCCGCUGCAAUCCUUUAGGUUGCUGGCAAAGGGAAAAGGAAAAUUCAAGGGGUGAGGCAGGGCGUGAUGCAGAGAGGCUGGUUAUAGAGGCCUGGCUCUGAGCCCAUUGGCCUACACAGAAAGACUCUGUGAUCUCUGUGGGCUCUGACUGCCCCACGCAUGCUACUAACCCUGGAGCAGAGCCCAUGCAGUCCUUGGCAACUUGAGAAACUCCUGGCUUGAAAGGCAAAGCAUAACCAUGUAACAGCCCAGGCUUUUCUCCUGCCUAUGAAUCCUCCUGCUUAUAGCUGUCCGCAGAACUGGAAAUGAAAGCAUAGGAGGCUCCUGGGCUGGGCCUGAGGUGCACAUUGGCAAGCUCUCAAGGCUCAGCCUGAAGGAAGGGUGAAAUCCAUAUGUUAUCAGCUGCAGCUCCAGAGUAUGUGGAAACAAUGAGAAUAAAAUGUUGGUCUUUGGGCCAUAAUGCGGUU